GGUAUAGUAUUUUAAUCAACCCUUUUUAGACUGAGUUUCGAAGGUUAUAUGAGAACGUUUAUGUAAAUUAUCAACCCUUUUCAGGGGUUUAUGAAAGUGCAACGUGUCGCAAUCCCUUUAAACAUUUAUGAAUGUGAUCAACCCUUCAAUAAACCUUCCAGAAAAAAUAUUUAACGAUAAUAAAAUCCGUACUAAGCCCUUUUUAGAGGGUUUAUAACAGGGUUUAUGACUCGUUGAUAAACGGUUGAAAAUGGUUUGCGACACGUUGCACUUUCAUAAACCCUUUUUUCGUUUAUUAUUCUACGGUUUUUUUUACAGUGUAGUGUUACUUUAAACUUUAAAACUUUAUAAAAGUAUUUUCGAAGUUAAAUUACCACCCAUAAUUACACGCACAUUAUUCUAGUUCUUUUUUUUACAGGAAAGUUUCAGCGAAUCGUCAAAUAUGCGAUGCACUAAUGAUGGUAUCAGGAGCUUCGACUUGGAAAAGCUGAAACCCUUUAGCUAUCUUUUAGAAUUACUAUCAGCUGCAAUUUUCAAUUUUUUUGAUGGGCUGAGAGAAAUUACGGAGUCACCACUGUAUUACACUUGCUCAUUUUCUAGAUUCACUUUACUUUCAUCACCAUUAAGAAUUAAAAUCUAUUCGUCGGAUAGAAGAAAAUAUAGUUUGCUGCUUGCUUUGUAUGGCUACUACCACAGACCUCUAUACAAUGCCCUCAAAUUCGAAUGAAAAUCCACCUUCAAGGUAUGUACCCUUUUUCUCUCUCGAACAACAAUAGUAAAUUUACAACCUUCAAUGUAAAAUGAAAUACUCAAAUUCCAAAUGAUUCUCAGUCAGUAACAAAGAAGUCACUGUAGAAGGAUUUGAUGCUUUAGUGUGAGACUAAACUGAAUGCCCUUUACCAGCAGACAUAAUCCCCACAUCGGCAUUCACAGCGUGAAUCAGAGAGGACCAUAUACACCCACUAUUUGAUUCCUUAAAGGUCAGGUAAAUAACUUUCUCAUAAAAGUCACAAAAUGCAUGAAAUAGAAGCCCUGUUCAAAUUCAUAGUUAUCCUUAAUGCUUUUUGACAACCCGUCAUAUGUAACUUAAUAUACUGUCGGUUCGAUCGGCGAUAGUUAUUGAUUCUUCUACGGCAUUUUUCAUCAACUCUUGGCAUAAUUGAUUGUUUUCAUGAGUUCUUCCGCGCGUCAUCUUGAUCGCUAAUCUUACGAUUGUCCGGUAGCAUUGAAGAAGUUCGUAUUUUUCUAGGAAGAGUUCAUCAGCACAACGUGUAAAAACCUACAAGGAGUUCUGUGAAUAUUAUUAACUUUUGCAUAGUACUAUUAUGUAUCCUUUUACAUGAUUUAUCAAUGAGUUUAUCCAGAUGUCUUAGUCAAUAAAACAGAUUCUUGAAAUGGUGCGCUAUAUAAGCACUACUAGACGCUCAUUCUAUGACAUUUCUACGUUUUUAUUAACUGAAAUUUCUCAAAUAAAAGCUAAUUUCUAAAUAAAGAAACUAAAAUGGCUAGAAGGAAUAAAACAAAUCAAAUGUGAGUGUAUAAAAAUUGUAGCUAUAAUUUUUUAUUUUAGUUUUUCUCAACGAAAGAGAAAAACAAGUACUGGAGCAAUGGAUGGGAAUAGAAAAUGUACAAGUAAGUCGAGUAAAACUUUUUAUAAGAAGAAAGCGACGCUCAUCUCUAUUAGAAGACAUCGACGACCAGCUAAAUACUGCACUUCUGCUGCAAUGCCUGAAAGGCCAAGACGGUUUAUAUGAAUUGCAUACACAUCUUUUGGGCAUGGGUAACAUUUCAUUCUGGAUUCAGGAUAUUCUAAUUGAUCGAGCAAAAUUACCUACUCAAAAUGAUUUUAUUAACGACGAUUCUUUUAGAUGUCGAUUAGGGCCCCUUGUGUGGAAUACAAAGGAAAAAUGUUUUAUUGAUCGAACCACGACCCUAAAGCUAUUUGAUGAACUUCGUUCGUCGUAUGAUUCAGAUCCAGAAAAAUAUAACUGUGAUGAACCUUUCAAAGGCAUGAUGUCUGACGAGUUCCACGAACAGAUGAAGCAUCACGAACUGAAUUUCCAGGACAAGGACAAGGACAAGGUCAAGGACAAUUUUUCAUAUGAUGUUGUUUUUUCCUUAGAAAAUCUUGCUAAAGGGCUAGGAUUAGAAGCAAGUGAGCCAAGAGAUAGGAUUCAAGCAGCAGUGGAAGAAAAACUAGGCAUCCAUACAAGAAGUGAUUGGGUAGAACAUGUGUUUUUCAAGAACUGGAUCAUAUUCAAUGCAAGAGAACAAAAAUUACAAAUAGUGUAUGGUAUUCAAGCUGAAGAACUACGUAUGCUUAUUGGGGGAGAUAAACCGAUUGAUCAAAUAAUCCAACCAGCACAACGGGAUGCUCGAGCACACAUUAUAAAUGCAUUUUCAAUGAUGAAUGCAGAUGGUAGCGAGCCCUGUUCAGUAGACUUUCAUUCGUUUCGUGGUGCAUUUACACCGGAAUUCUACCCUAGACGGUAUGCUUUAAAAGACUCAAUGUAUAGCCAGCGGCUUGAUAUAUUGGCAUAUCUAUUGUGGCAUGUUCUUCAUCGUUACGACAUAUGUUUACCGCCAGUGACGUAUUGUGAAUUUUCAGUUGGUUGUCGUGAUUUAAGUCGCCCUUGGGUAGUUGAUAUCUUAUCUACAUUUACUGACAUUGAAAAUUUACGUAGUACAUUUAAAGAAUUUAUCGAUAUAAAUUUCCCAUGGCUUAAACCGCGCGGUUUUGAAAAACGUAUUGUUUAUCGAUUUUUGGCAGGUUUUAAGCGCGAAACACCACCAGUCAGUAAUGCAUAUUCAGAUGACAAGCCCACAACAUUAUUUUUUGAGGUACCGCAUUAUGCGAUUCAUAUUAUGCUCAAAGAAUUUUAUCAGAGUGAUCAGGAGAAACCAACUAUUAUAUUCACCGAACAAGUACAGCGACUUCUGGAAAUGAAGAAGGAAGCCGAAACCAUUCCAUAUUUUUUUGACUUGGUUGUUGGCUUAGACUUAUGUGGUGAUGAACUUGGACAUCCAUAUUGCCCUUUUAUAGCCUUUGAGUUCAUCAAGUUUGUCAAAGAAGCUCGAGGCACAAACCCCAAGUUUGUCGAAGAAGCUCGAGGCACAAACCCCAAUUUUGGCAUACGUAUUCAUGCUGGUGAAAAUGUACCUUUCAUUCGUCCUGAAUUGCCUGGUUAUCGUCUAUUUGUUGCGCAUAUGUAUAUUCUUUACCGUUGCAUUGACUUUCUGAACAAGAAGUUAAAGUCACACAUUCGUGUCGGCCAUGGGGUGGCUUUUGAUAAAUUGUUAUCUAUCAAAAAUCAUAAGUAUCGAAAAUCUAGUGUACUUGUGGCGGAAAUGCAAAGAAAUGCUAAGUCAGUAUUUGCAGAAGUUCCUUUUGAGGUAAAUAUAACCAGUAAUUUUUAUCUUCUUGGUGAUGCUGUUAGAAAUGUAGAAAAGGAAAAGCCUUUAUCUUACUUAUACGAUAUUCAUGUUCCAGUCGUUCUAUCCACUGAUAACGACGGAAUAUGGCCCAUUGAUAAGUGCACAUUAGGACACCAAUCACAUCAUUCUUUAGCAGCUGAGUAUUGCCGCGCAAUUACUACUCGCUUUAUUACGGAAGAAAAUCAAUUAGAAGAUAUAGUUCGGAAUCCAAAGCGCUUCUGCUUUGAUAAAAACCUUAAUACAAAGAACAGUAACCAAUUAAAUAUAUCUAAAAAGGAGAACAGCACAGAUAGUCCUUAUUUCCCUACUGACGUCAUUGCACAUCCAGACAUUAUACAUAUGCUUGUCAAGCUGUACCAACGUGCCAAGAAGAAAACCGAUUUUAACUUCGAAACGUAUGUCUAUAUGUGUGCCCCAGGAACAUUUUCUGAAGUGGAAAACAGCGCUAAUAAUGUUAAAGAUUAUUAUGAAGUUACGAUGCGCAUUUUAAUGGCAUGCUUCUAUUUAACGCGUUCGUCUUGUUACACAAAAUUUGAGAACGAAUAUAAAGAAGUAUUUCACGACUCUCCUGAUUUUAGUCAGUCGAACUGUGAAAAAAUUUAUUAUGCAUGUGCAAAUGUACAUUCGCAACUAAUGAAUGAUACACCUGGGGAAGGCGCAAGCAUGCAAAUCAUGGUUGGCGAACACCAUUACUUAUUUUGCUCUGAAAUACCAGAUAAUCGUAAAGGUACCCCCGAUUUCUUAUUAACUACUAUAGAAAACUUCAUCAGAAAAUUCACUGAGCCGGCCACAAUAUUCAGUUUUCUUCCAAAUAUUGAUGAAAAUAAUCCAAAAAUAAAGAAGUAUCUGGAAAAUAUUGGUCGAAUUAUCGGAGAAAAAGAAAUCAAAAUUUUUAUUCAUACAAACACUAAAAAACAUAUAGUUUUCCCAACUCUUAAAAGUGGGACAAUACUUAUUAACCCUCAACCUGAAAAACGCACGGAUGCAAAUCUAGAAGAAAUUGAACGUAUACUACUCUAUGCCGUUUGCCCACAUGGUAGUGUAGCAACAUCUGCUUUACAUUUCAUUGCAAAGCACAUCCGUAAAAAAGAUUUUAGUAUCGAACCACAACACGUAAAUCUUCGCUCACUUAUUAUUCCUUUUCUACCAUUGCAUUUUGGCUAUCGAAAGCCAAAUGAAAACGAGAGUAUUAAGACGAAAAAAAGUUUUCUAAAAGAGUAUGGUCUAACUAAUACAGAACUUGCCAAAAGCGAAAGAAUGAAUAUUGAAAAGGAUCCGAUCUGCAAAACAUUAUAUGACCCAAAAUAUAAUUUACUUUGUACAGAUGUUCGAUUUGCCAAACAGAUAGAGACAUCAGAUUUAAUCGAGAAAAUAAACGAAGACAAUACAAAAUUUCUUGAAAUUUUAAAGAUUUUACAUAAAUCGCUUAAAGACUUCAACAUGAGGCCUCGCUCGUUUGUUAUACUGGAAAAUAUAAAAGAAUAUAAAGAUUAUAAGAAAGAUUUUGAAAAUCCUGAUAAGAUUGCAAUUCCUAUUAUUCAAAUCAAAAAUAAGUUUCUCAUUUGCAGUGGUAUAAAUUUUUUCGAAAAAAGCUAUGAAAACCCAGCACGUCUUCUUUGGUCUUUAGCUGUAGGUUGGAAUCCACCUUUAAGCGAUGGGAACAAUCCAUAUGAGUAUCCAUAUAGUCAGUGGGUUAAAUCAAUAAUUGAGAUUGGUAGAAAGAGCCUAAACAAAGAAUUUGGCCUCAAUACAUGGGAAAACUUCGUAGCUGACGUUCUAUGCGAUGCAGAUAAACGAGCAUGGUACAUGUUAACUGUGGACUACUGGUGUGAUGUUAUCGAGACUGCUUUUGGUCCAGAAAAAAGCGUAGAUAAAUUCGUGAAAUUCCUAAAGGCAGAAAAAAAACACACCCGUUUUAAAGAGUUACUAGAGGAUUCCAACCGUCAUAGAAUUGGGAACAUUUGGCAAACAGAUCUUCAACGUUUACCAUUAACUGGUAAUCCAUAUGAUCAAAUGGCUAGUACAGCACAUACAAAUCGUGUUCGUGAUGUACGUGCUAGUUAUGAUGGACAAUAUUUAUUUACAAGUGAUCAAGCACAAUUGGGUGGAAAAGAUUUAAUAUCAUUUUAUAAAUUAUUAGAAGGUGGAAGAGAAGGAGAAAUUUUUAAAGAAAUGAAAGAUUUAUUUUAUUAUAGCCAAUUAAGAUUUCAAGAUAUAUAUCGAUAUGAUCGUCGUGAAGUAACACCAAAAAUUCCAUCAAGUAAAAUAUCAUUUGUUAUGAGACCAUUAGUUUAUGUAAAUCAUCGACUAGCAUUUGGUCUUAAUCCAGCUGAUCUUAAUUAUGCAUUUAAUGUUCUUUCCGAUCAAUUAAAUCCGGAAGAUGGUCAAUCACAAAUUAAUCAUGAAAAUCUUUUAUUUCUUUUACAACAAUAUGGUGAACAUAUGAAUGAUUAUUAA